CAUCCUUUCGAAAAAGUGGAACUUACACUCCAAAAAAAAAAACAUGUGAGCCCGCGCUUUUUUGGAGCUGCUGGUGGAUUAGUUUUAGUUCUCUUUGCUUUCGGGUACGGUUCGAGAGCUGGCCGGAUUACCAUUUCCACUUGGGAGUGACCAUUAACGGUGAUGAUGGUGCUACCUUUUUCAUAGAAAUGGCGAGCCCUCCGGUUUUUUUCCCUUAGAUUCCUCUGGGACGGGCAUCGUCGAUGUACCUUCGUCUUCUCCUUCACACAGGGGUGUGUGUACGAUGCAAUGGCUAAAAUGGUCUAGUGUGGUUGUCGGGGUUGGCUUUGGGGAUUAAUCAAGCGAUACGCGAUGAUGCCGAGCCGCGUUUGUGCGUAUACUCUCUCCCUAUCUUGCUGGUAUGCUCAGAGUUGAUCUCUCUCUCUCCCUAUGCUCUCAACGGUGCCCUAUUGCUGCGAGAGAGCGAGAGAGCAAAUUCUGGCAUGUUCCCGCUCUCAAGGUUGUCUUCUCAGAACCUUCGCGUAACCUAUAUAGACAAGGUGCGAGAUUGAGCGAAAGAGACCCACACAUGCAUCUCUGUUAGGGGUUGAAAAGGGGGUCUCUUUGACACUGUCAAGCGCGGGGGUUUUUGAGGUAGGGCCCUUCAACGUUCACCAAGAGCGAAUCAGCGGGUGUGUUCAUCCAUUCAACAUCAGCAGCACCGUUGGUUCGGACGCACACAUUCUGGUUCAUUCGCAUUCAACACUCGUCUGGCAGCAGGAGCAGCAGCAGCAGCAGCAGCGUCAGCAGCACUAGGUCCGGUCACAACAUACACCGGUCAGUUUUCCAUUAACCGUGGGUAGCAGGGGCAGUUGCAUUAAAAGCCGCCAUUGCCCCCUUUGCGCUUCGGGAUAACGGGCUGGCGGAUUGAACCUAUAAACAGAGAGUGAAGGACGAGUGUAUCAGCGUGUUUGUGUGUGUGUGAAUGUGCUUUUCUUCCCCCUCCAAAAGGAUUUAAUCCUAGAAAGAGGGAGCGAGCGAGCGAGAACGAGCUUUCCGUUCGUCGGUUGGAUCGAUCGGUGAUUAAUGGAAAAUGUAUCCAGCCGGGUGUAAAUAUUAAUUAAAAUGGCAACAAUGGCUCGUAUGUCACGAAGGCACGUGUGCGGUGCCUGAGAAGUGCGUCUAUAUUUAUCGUCGUGUGUGUGUGUUUGUGUGUGUGUGUCAGUGUUCCGCGACGGUUCUUGUUGGUCCUUUCCAAUAUCGGCGCCAUUUUCCAGUGAAUCACAAGCGAGUUUUCCCUUCCAAAGCGCCAAAGGAAAAGAUCCUUUUUCUCUAAGUGUAUAUGUGUGUGUGUGUUAGUGAGUGUGCCAGUGCAUACCGGAUGGUAACCGGAACGGCAGAUUGAUUGAAUUAUCGGCAAUCGAUCUCCCCCGGGCAAGAGGGCCCGCGCGAGAUACGUCUGUGGUCUAGAUUGUUGUGGCGCUGGUUCGUUUUUUUUGCCACACAGCUGUCCCCUCGCUUCUCCUGGAGGGUUUGCAAACCGCACACCACCCGGCCGUGAUUUCCCCGCAACGCGCAAGAAUGGCCUCGCUACUGACGGCGGCGGACAGGCAGAACAGCACCACGCAGUCACCGCAAUCACUGUCCGGCUCGUGCUCGCCGAGAAAUGCAGCGUCGCCGAAUGCCAGCGCCACCGCUGCCGCCACGACCGCUGGCGGUCAACCAACGGCGGGGGGUGGUGGUAGUACGGCGGUGGCCCUGAAUAAUCCGACCGCCGUCAAGCUGGGCGUUAUGGACGUCCCGAAGGCCCUGCAGGACGGCGAGAAGUUCAUCAAGUGGGACGAGGACUCGUGCAACGGUACGCCGGUGACGCUGCGGGUCGAUGUCAAGGGCUUCUUUCUGUACUGGGUGGAUCAGAACCACGAGAUGGACAUGCUGGACAUUGCCACCAUUCGCGACGUUCGCACCGGCCAGUACGCCAAGAAGCCGAGGGACAUGAAGCUGCGCCAGAUCGUGACGAUGGGCUCGCAGGACACGCUCGAGGAGAAAACCGUCACCGUGUGCUACGGGGCCGACUUUGUCAACGUCAACUUUAUCAACUUUUGCUGUACGCGCAAGGAAAUUGCUCGGCUAUGGUGCGACGAGCUGAUCCGGAUGGCGUACAACUUGACCCAGCUGAACGGUCCGGCGAUCAUGUUUCUCCAGAAGGCGUACACCAAACUUUGCCUGCAGGUCGACAAGAGUGGCAAGAUUCCGGUAAAGAACAUCAUCAAAACGUUCGCCACGAACAAGGACGACCGGCGGCGGGUGGAGAAAGCGCUGGACGUGUCGGGGCUGCCGUCCGGGAAAGGCGAUACCCUCGCGCUGACCAAGUUCCAGUUUGAGGACUUUUUUAAUCUGUACAAAAACCUUUCCCAGCGCACCGAGGUGGAGAAGGUGUACGAUGAGCUUGUCGGUACUUCUAAGCGACGGCUGAUGUCAACGUCGCAGCUAGUCGAUUUUCUCAACAAAACCCAGCGGGAUCCGAGGCUGAACGAGAUCCUGCACCCGUACGCCAACACGGCCCGGGCCCGCGAUCUCAUCCAGGAGUACGAGCCGAACAAGUUUAACGCCCAGAAGGGACAGCUCAGCUUCGACGGUUUCCUGAGGUAUCUGAUGUCCGAGGAUAAUCCCAUCAUGGCGGCGAGUAAGCUGGACCUGUCGGACGAUAUGGAUCAACCGAUGGCGCACUACUUCAUCAACUCGUCCCACAACACCUACCUGACCGGGCAUCAGCUGACGGGCAAAAGUUCGGUCGAAAUCUAUCGUCAAAGUUUGUUGGCCGGUUGCCGCUGUGUGGAGCUCGAUUUCUGGAACGGACGCACUGAGGAGCCGGUGAUCGUGCAUGGUUACACCUUCGUGCCGGAGAUCUGCGCCAAGGACGUGCUGGAAGCGAUUGCCGAGACCGCCUUCAAGACGUCCGAAUUUCCUGUGAUACUAAGCUUCGAGAAUCACUGCAACCCGAGGCAACAGGCGAAGAUAGCAAACUACUGUCGGGAAAUAUUCGGCGACAUGCUGCUGGACCGGCCGCUCGACUCCCAUCCGCUCGAAUCGAACGUCGAGCUGCCGCCGCCCGCCCUGCUGAAGCGCAAGAUUAUAAUUAAAAACAAGAAAAAACAUCACCACCAUCACCAUCAUCACCAUAAAAAGGCGGCCACCGUUGUAUCGAGCCCGCAGCAGCCGCCGCCACCCGCCGGCACCACGGUUGUGGCGAACAAUGUGAGCAAUAGUAACAGUACCGCAGCUAAUGCACAUGCCACAGCAGUUAACAACAGCAGUGCCAACAGUACCAACGCUGCCAGCAACACACCCGGGGUCACACCGGCCGUUAACAGCAACAGUACAAAUGCAGCAGCAAAUCCAAGCUUACCGCCGUCGCAGCAAGACGAACCGAAUGGCACGGUCGUCGUCAGCAACAACAAUGGCACGGCAGCACCACUGCAAGCAACCGGAAACGGAGAAAUACCGCACCAUGCACCACCACUGCAGCAAAUUCGCCAAAGCUCCAAGGAAAGCACGGGAUCGUCGGAUACGGAUAGCUCGAGCGAUGACGAGUCCAUGCCCGGCACCGUGGUCGGCCCGAUCGGUGCGAGCGAGGCGGACAAGGUGCCCCAAACCAAAGAGACUGAAGCGGGCGCGGAAAUAUCCGCCCUCGUCAACUACGUGCAGCCGGUGCACUUCAGUAGCUUCGAAAAUUCGGAAAAAAAGGCACGCUUCUACGAGAUGUCUUCGUUUGAUGAGAAGCAGGCAACCACGCUGCUGAAGGAGCGUCCCAUCGAGUUUGUCAACUACAACAAGCAUCAGCUUUCGCGCGUCUACCCAGCCGGUACACGCUUCGACAGUUCCAAUUUUAUGCCCCAGCUUUUCUGGAACGCUGGAUGUCAGCUGGUGGCGUUAAACUACCAAACGCUUGACCUGGCGAUGCAGCUCAACCUUGGCAUCUUCGAGUACAACCACCGGUGCGGGUACAUACUGAAGCCGGAGUUUAUGCGUCGCAAGGACCGACGGUUGGACCCGUUCGCCGAGAGUACGGUCGACGGUAUUAUUGCGGGCACGGUCAUGGUGACGGUGAUAUCGGGCCAGUUCCUCACCGACAAGAAGGUGGGCACGUACGUGGAGGUGGACAUGUUUGGGUUGCCGGCCGAUACGGUGCGCAAAAAAUUUCGCACCAAAAUCGUGCGCGACAAUGGCAUCAAUCCGGUGUACGACGAGGAACCGUUCGUGUUUAAGAAGGUCGUCCUGCCGGAGCUGGCCAGCAUACGGAUAGCGGCGUACGAGGAGGGUGGCAAGCUGAUCGGCCAUCGGGUGCUGCCGGUGAUAGGGCUGUGCCCGGGCUACCGCCAUCUGACGCUGCGUACCGAGGUGGGGCAACCGAUACCGCUGGCCACGCUCUUCCUGUGCAUCGUGGUGAAGGAUUACGUGCCGGACGGGCUGUCCGACUUUGCCGAAGCGCUCGCCAACCCGAUCAAGUACCAGAGCGAGCAGGAGAAGCGCUCCAAGCAGCUGGCCGUGCUGCAGGAGGACAUGGAACCGUCGGAUGAGGACUCGUUUGUCGUUGUGUCCUUAGGUACGAACAAAAAGGGUGACACGCUCCGGUCGAGCGAAACCAACAACACGACCAGCAGCCCGGCGAGGCAACGGUCCGUCGCUGGCACGCAAUCGUCGCAGGGCGGUGCCGGUGGUACGGCGGACAGUGAUGCGGAAGCACCGCUGGAAGCGAUCACCAAGAUGGUUGCCCUGCCCGUUGCACAAUCCUCGUCGCUCGACCAUUCGAACGUUCCCGCAGCCAAACUCUCCACCGCCUCGCGAGAACCGACCACUACUGGUGGUGGUGGGGGUGGCUCUGGUGCACCAAUCAUUACCACUACCACCAACACGCCGAACGUGGCCACCGGUGAGGGGCUGAAUGCCGCGAACGGGGGCAAGAUAGUGGCCGAUCCGUUGGAGAAAAUCUUCGAAGACAAGCAGAUCCGCAAGAAGCGGGAAGCGCUGGAGAAGGAGCUGAAGGCGCUGAAGAAGAGCCACGACAAGGAGAAGCUGAAGAUACAUGCGGCUCAGAAGAGUACGGAUCUCGGCGGUGGUGAUGCACCGGUCAAGAAGUCCAAGUUCGGCAUGGGCAACAAGCUGGUGAAGCGCUUCAGCAGCAAAAACAUGGCGGACAUGAACGUGAAGGUACCGCCGUGUGCGUCCGUGUCGGACGCGGAGGGUACGGGCGAUGCGCAGGCGGAACGGUUGCGGCAGAUUUGUCGCGACCAUGCUGGAAGCUAUCGGGAGGUGCUGGAGAAGUAUCACGACAUCAUCUACACGCUGGCGGAGGAUCUGCUGCGCCAGUCGCAGGAUGCGCAGAUGAAGCAGCUGAAGACGCAACUGGAGCGAGAAACGAGUGAGGUGAUGCGACAGCUGCAGCUAUCGCGCAAAAGCGAGGUGAAGCAACUGGCAAUGGUGCACAAAGAUAAAGAUGAGCUGGAGAGAAUGAAACGAGAGGUUGACUCAACGCUCGUAGAAAAGGGCGUCACAGAGCGGGUCAGACUAACGGCCACCUACGAACGGAAGCGCGACGAGCUGCAGCGACAGCACGAUUCCGUGAAGCAAGGACUGGAAGACCACAAGCUGAAGGCCCGCUCGAUGCUGGAAAAGGAAGCGGAAUCGCAUGCCUUCAUUUCGGACACAUUCCUAGCGCACCUGAACACCAGCAACAGCACCACGAGCUGUUCGUCGGUCGGUGCCACCACCAACCAUCCGCCGGCGACGUCCGUCUCGAGCGGAAACAUUUGCGGUGCCGGUGGAACGGCCGGCAGCAACCACGAGAACAACGUUAACAAUGCUCACGCAUAACCGCCCGUCGGCAAGGGCGAUGGCGCAGGAGCGAAACCGAACUGAGCUUAUCGCAUCGGGGUAUGGGGAUCCGCGGACCAUACCGGCCCUCCCGACAGCCACGAAGAGCUGGCAUAUUUGUGAACUGCAAAAAGGUCUGCUAGUGGUACAUUUCGUCGAGUCACAGACAGCGGCAGCACAACAACUUACUUUUAUAGCAAGCAACUUAUUGGCCUAAUUACUGUUAUCGUAUUUGCUGGCGUAUCGGCGGUCGGCGAUAUCUUAUCGGCCGAAUCGUUGGGCGCCCAAUCGUUUGUGCCACACACUCCCCUUUUUCUUCCACGACUCUAGGCUCCUCUAGUAGCCGUGUUAGUAGCUUAGGUAUAGGUUAGUUUCUUUUAGAUCCCGGGGAACGCGCACGGGGAAAUGGUACUCGUACUCGUUUAUUCAAUGCCGAAUCUCACAGGUGGGGGAAAACUCCGCCAGCAAAGGCAUUUUUUCGAGAAGCACAUAAUACUUUUUAGUGGACGGCAAGCCGAGCAAGCGUUGAACGUUAGCUCAGCAGCAUUUCAAUGUUGUGUGUUUGUGUUGUUUCAAUUCCAACCUCGAAUUAUUAGAUUAGAUUAUUAGAUCAGCAGGUGUAGCAAUUGGUGAAGCGGGGAUAAGGUAGAGUAGCACACAGAAAACUAGAAAUCGGUACAAAACAAGCAAUCGAACGGGCGCGCCAGGUUCGGGGUAAAUGGGAGAAUUUUGGAAUUGGAGUUAACAGAUCGGUGCGAAUGGUGGCAAAAGUGAAAGUAAGCUUUCAUUCAUCGAUUUACUCACCGGAACUUGACGGGUCAUCUGAAAAGGUAUUAUUAGAAAACGACGCUGUACGGUAGUAAAUUCUCGAAACUAGUAGCAUGUGUUACCAACACGGUUGUUUAGUGGUGGUUUUUGGCAAAUUGUCGAUAGGGGCAGAAGGCGCACUUCAAAAGUGCACCCAGCGACCGCUGAUUGAAGCGGCGCUUAUGCAGCAGAAUGUGCAAUCUUAUCGUUUAAGGACGCAAUCAAAGAUUUCGUAAGAAGGAGAUAAAUCUCUAAGGGGUAAAGGCGGUAAACAGAUAAGGAAAGAUUCUCGAUUCAAAAUCAAAGCUUUGAGGAGGAGGAUCGAACAGAACUGUUCAAUGCUGCGCAGCACACGUUUUACUUAACUGUCAACAUGAAUUUUCACUCUAAGUGCAAGAACUCACCAACGGUGAGAAACUUAAACAAAACAAAGCGUGCCAGAGAACAUGCUUGUAUGUAGCCAUAAUUUGUACUACUUCGUUACACUCAAGGGCAUGUGUUGCUUGUACGCGCUCUGCUUUGUACAAAACUGUUCGUUAUCUUGCUGGUUUCACUACCUUUGCACUACUCUCGCGUCACACUCACCCGUGCUCGAAUAAGUUAACAGCGGACAACCUGCAACGAUGAGCGGUGUACUAAGAGAAAAACAAAUGGUACAGCUUUAAAGCGCAUACAUACACCGAUAGAGGAACGACAAGAUUUGGAAAGCAUUCCGUUACGCAAACUCACGUAAGCGUGCAAAGCGUCAGUAGCUGUAAGCUGUAAAUGCACUCGUACUACUAAUACUACUACUAUUACUACUACACGCUACUAUCAUACACAGUGGAAUUUCGCGCAGCCGUAAUGCACUUACAUACCGUACAUAUAUGCAUUAAACAGGUACAUGUUAACAGUAACUGAACGCCCAGACCCAGUAUAGUAGUAUCAUAGUACCAUCACACCCACUCGUAGCAAAACUGUUCUACGGGGAAGGUGUGUAUCUGGUACUAAAAGAAACCCCCUGUACUAAAAACGAUCCACAGUCAAUGUUGUUGGACAGCGAAGACGUUUCAAAAUCAGAAAUAAUUCAAAUGCAAUAAUUACUCGAUAACCGCAUAGCGCAUACGUGUUUGUAGCAGUGACACCGGAAAGUGGACACCAUAUUAAUCGCCGUAGCUUAAUGAAAUGCAUUUUUUUUAAUAUAUGUAUAGACUAUUGAUGUUAUUAGCUUGUGCUCUCGAGUUGGAUCGCUCAGGAUCCACACACAAACAUACAGGAAGUUCGGCUCCUCCGAAACAGCUUGAACCUUUGGCCGGGUUCUUUGCUGCAGCAGCCUACGGCAUAUCUUAUUAAAUCAUGCUCUUUGUCCCUACCUUUUGUAUGGUUGGUACCGGACCUUUCCUCGCGCCGUGUUGUCUGGGUGGGCAGUGGUGACAACCCUAACCGAGGAAGGCAAAAACAAACCCAAUAGCAACGCACUAUUUGAAUUGAACGCCUCAGUUUUUAUCUGCAGGAUCGUGUGUUGCCUUCGGCUGUACGCACUGCACUCUUUGCAGUGGUGGUGCCAAACGGAAACCGCGAUCGCGGAGAAAAACUGGGAAAUUGGAAGAAACGUGUAGUUAAACGUAAAAAAAAACACACACACACAUUCAAACAAACUUAAACAAAAGAAACUCUAUUUACUAUUGUCAUUAUACGGAUGUAAGGGAUAUAACACGGGUCGGGGACAGCUAAACAUUCGCCCACCGAAGUGGGAAUGUAAAGCAGUUUGUAUGUGUAUGUAUGUGUGUGUGUGCGUGUAUGUAGUUGAUGUUAACGUUCUUGAAGUAGGUUUCUGAUGAAGCAAAAACAAAAAAAUGGUUAGAAAAGAGAGACAAAAAACAAGUGAUAAACCCACCAACACACCAUAGCAGCUGAGGUAGGCGGGGGAAGAAAAGCUCGAAUCGUGUUUGCGGAGGGAGGAUAGCAUUGUUGGCCGGAUGUAAACGGGUUGUAAAUAGUAGCAAAUACUUGUGCGGAUAAUUUUUCAAUUUCCCACAGCACGAUAAGCAGCACACAUCAUCUCUGGGUUUUCCCUUCACUCGAAAGCCCUGUGUCUGUAUACGUAUGUCUGUAUGUGUGAAUGUGUAUGAUUGUACGUGUGUGCGUUUUAGCGAGUCUUCUAGUUAGUUGUUGAGAACAAUUACAUAUAUAUAUAUCUCCAUGAAUUGUAUCACUACCCAUAAAACAAAAACGGGAUAAACGGGGUGGGUAGGACAGGUUUAAAGCUAUCUGUGUUCUUCUUAGAAGAGCUAACCAGGCUGAAACGGGGAUAAAAGCGGCUUAAUUUUAUACACAUUAUUUAUUUUUAGCUUUCGUUUCGUUUUAGCCCAUCUCGUGUGCAAAAUGCUUUGGUUUAGCCUUCCGUUUUUCACUUACAUGUUAUUUUAUACGUUUUUAAAGUCUAUUUUAACCGAAUAAAUAAGAAAACAGAACAUACACAACAAACGAAGACAAUCAAUGACACUGUCAUCUUAUGAGAAACACACGUUAGGCCGUUUCGUUACGUGAACCAUUCGAAGGAUUCGUACAACUCUCGGAACGAAAACCUCACGUGGGUGGGAGGCAGCUACUCUACUGAGCUACUACUGAAGAAAACAAAGAAAUGGAAACCCAUUUCUGUGUGUGAGUCUGUUUUGAACUAUUUAUCUGUUUUGGUUUCAUUUUUUAGACUGUUUGUUUAAUUUAUUUAUUUUUUCUGUGUAAGUUUUAAUUAUUUUUUCCUCGUUUUUAAACGACGGAAAAUCUGCGAUCGUUCUGGCUUUGGAUGUAUUUGCCUGUAAAAAAAGAAUGCUUGCGCUAACUGAUGGAAGGACUUAAACUUUGAUACUGUAACCGAUAAAAAAUGAAGCGAAAAAAAAAUACAUACACACAAACACACUACACUUUCUAUCUCUAUGUGCCUUGAACGUAAAAGAACAAAACAACAUACGAAAAGAAAAACUAAAAACAAAAAAGGUUGAAACUGAUAAUUGGGUAUGUUUAUCAUACGCGCGUGCGCACAACCACUCACUUAUUGUUAUUGAAGCAAAAACUCUCAUUUCAUCAAAAGGUAUCGAAAAAAUCCAUUUUCAUUGCGAUGUCCUUUAGUCGCAAAUGCUUCAUUCUCAAACUGUUUCAUAAACAUCUCAUUCUACACAAUAGCAAGGUCGCAGCAUAUAAGGAAUGGUACGGAAGGCAAACAGUCAAACCAUGUAGCUUUACGUACACAACCAUUGUCUCGCAUUCUUUAGCGAUAACGGAUAGUUUGAAAAGGAGAUGGAGAUGAUAGUAAACGGUUCCAUUCGACUGUUAACAGUUGCGUUUUUUUAAACAUCCCCAACUACUGCUCGACAGAGGUUUUGGUAGUUCUGUAAAAAGGAACGAGCGGACGAACGGGAUUGUAACUUAAUAGAGAGGAGAAGCAAAAAAAAAACAGUUAAAAACACCAUACUAACCAUAAGUGAUUAGAAUGAAAUUGGAUUGUUGUUGUUGUUGAUGUUGUUUUUUCCUUGUUUUCCUUGGCGAGAGAUGAAGUAUGAACCAUGAAACGUGUUUCAGCUGUGCAAAACUUUCAUCCUUCAUAAAUCCCUUUUGCCUCAUCGACUUAUAAUACACCGCUCGCUUUCGUUUUCGAACCGAUCAACGGGCAUCACCCCACUGGUGGUGGGCCGGUGAUCAAACUCUUGUACAUUAACGAAUCGGAUCAUCCGAUGUGGUGUCCGCGCGGCGCUUGAUAGCGUUGGAUAGCGAGCGUGGUGCCCACGGGUGUCCGAGGAGGAAUUAAAAAAAAAAAAACGACAGUAUCUUAUUGUGACACAACACACAUGUGAUUGAAGCGAUCGAGGGACAGCUGGCGGGAGAGGGAGGAGCGGCAGUGGUGCCACCCCGACCCUCUCCCCCAUAGCAAGCCCUAGUGUUUCACUUUCCUAUCACCUUUUUGUAGAAUUAACGUUGGACGGUGGCUCUGGUACUGGUUGGGUCGCUUCGUAGGCUUUUGGAUUCUUCCAGGGAGGAGAGAGGAAAGAGGAAUAAACGCAAGAGCUAGAAGCGGAAUUUAAAAAAAAAGAAAGGAUUUUAGGGUUGGUUAGUUGGUUGGGGAAGAAGUUGAUACAUACAAACAUUAAACAAAACUAUAGCGCAAGCAAAGAUACACUUAUUGAUUAUACUAACUGUGUAAGGUGUUUCAUAGUAUAAUAGUGGCUACACACUCUUGCAACUAAGAGAUCGAUUAUCAAAACAUAAAAGAAGGGAAGUGAGUGAAAGUGGUAAA